UAAAAACUGUCAAAUAAUGUCUUUGUCUCUUUUUAUAAUAUACUUGUUUACACCAUGUUGAAUGAGAUCGAGCUAUACAUCUGGAUUUCCGUUUACAUAUAAACAGCAUAAUGUCACAUAUACAUAAAUUCAAUAGGAUUUUCCUUUUUCCUCGAUUUUUGUAAUUUCUAAAUAAAAUCAUGGACGUAGAGAAUUUAAAGAGCUGGUUAUCACAACCAGACGUCUGUCGGUGCUGCCUUUCAGCCAGCGGCACGUGGGACCUUACAGCAUCAUACGUAACAGAGACUGGAAUCAAAGAGGUAUUUUCAGAUAUUUUGCAGGAAUGCUACGGGAUAUCUCUCUCCUACUUAUCGGAAUGGGGUCCAAGUCGGUUGGUGUGUGCGCUAUGUUUGGGACACCUGCGGGGCGCUACCAGCUUCAAGAAACAAGUGCAAGAAGCGGACAGAUUCUUCACGGAAUACCUUAGUAAGAAAGACUGUAUAGAAAUGAUAAAGACUGAACCAAGUGACUUCUGUGCGACGGCUUUGCUGAACAAGAGGAAAUUUCUAGAACAGAAUCAAGUCCAAUAAAGGAUGUGAAGUUAACAUUGAAACAAAAUAAAUCUGUAAAUAGAAAAAGACAUAAACAUUCAAGAGCUAAAGGAAAAACUAGAAAUGACUCUGACAGUGAUUCCGAUACUCCUCUGAAAUUAUUGUCUAAAAGAAGUCAAGAUAUUGACGACAAUAUUAUUGAUGAUAAUUUGGAAAAUAUUGACCUGGAAUGUGAAGAAACUGAUGAUAAAAUAGAUAAUGCAAUUGCAGGCAACCAGUUUAUCAAAAUAAACGCAAUCAAGCAAAUAUCAGAGCGGAGACGGGUCAUGCUGACGUGUGGCGCCGUCCUGAGGAACACCACGGCCUGCCCCUUCCGUCACCACAAAAGCUGGUUCCAAUGCUUCUUCUGCCACGAAAACUUUAUACAACUUAACUUACUAAGAACCCACACGAACGAAACGCAUUCAGACAUAGAGGGAGAAUUAAAAAAAAUAAAACGCUACCCACGCUCGCUCCAAAUCGAAAUUUCGAAUUUGGAAUGCCGCCAUUGCAAUUUGAAUUUGACCGAUGUCGAAAACAUGCGGCGCCAUCUUGGUGACGUUCAUAAUAAGGUUAUUUAUAGGGAAUGCAUCGCUGAUUAUAAAGUCGAUGCGAGUCCGUAUACUUGUCAUUUGUGUACGCAAGAGUUUCAUGUUUUUCGAACGUUGACGACGCAUCUGAAUGAACAUUAUGCUAAUUGUAUUUGCGAUGUUUGCGGGAAAUCGUUCCUCAACUCUAAAAGGCUGAAGGUUCAUAAACGCACGCACGAUACUGGCAGUUUCCCGUGUUCAGAAUGCGGGAAAGUACUGAAAACUAGAACAUCUAAAGCUAAUCAUAUGGAGAGCGCGCAUUCAAAACGUGUUAUAAAAUGCCAGAUAUGUUUUAAACCUAUGAAACACUAUAACGAUAGAAUCAAGCAUAUGUCUGAAGCGCAUAACAUUACACAUAAAUUUAAAUGCCCUAUUUGCGCUCGAGAAUACAAUAUAAAACAUUAUUUAGCAACGCAUAUAAGACAGACGCACGGGCAUAAGAAUAAAAAAUGUUCAGAAUGUGGCAUGGCGUUUAUAACUAACCAUGGGUUGAAGAAACAUAUGUUGAAACAUACCGGGGAGAAACCGUUUACUUGUACAGUGUGUUGUAAAGCUUAUGCGAGGAGUUACACGCUGAGGGAGCAUAUGAGAGCUCAUGAUAACGAUAGGAGAUUCAUGUGCCCUGAAUAAACUACAUAGAAUCAUCAUGCUGGAAAUCUUCAAAAGCGACUCCCGAAAGCUACAUCGAAAACCGUCAUCUCAAAUCAAACAUCACACUUAUAUUGGAAAAGUCGACCAUCUUCUUCUUCUUGGUUAGGGGCUUUGUAAGGCUUCAGAGCGCCUUAUGUAUCACUGCGACCAUUUCUGAUCUAUUGUGAUCACCACCUACAACUCUCGAUCAAGUCCUACAAAUUCAAAGAUUUUUAGUAUCUUUUUGAGAUCGAGAUACCUCACAUCCUCUGGGUGUAUUUGGUAGCUGCCCAGAAUCAUGUUACGUGUGCGCAUUAGAGAGGGGCACUCUGCCAGGAUGUGCGGUGCAGACUCUAGACAGAAUCUGCACCGCAAGUCGACCAUACUGCAAUUACAGAAUAUUAACAAAUAUAAAUACACUUGCCUAUACUGCGACAGCUCACAUUUGUUUUUCAAAUAUUAAAAAUCCGUAUUAACGAUAAACAUAACAAUGUCACCGAAAAGGAAAUAUCCAGAUGUUUAAAAACACCAAAGAACUUAAUAAAAACCUAAGUUAGCGAAAUAAGGUGUAAGUAACAGAUACAACUUUAAAAAGUAUAGAUAUUUUGAUAGAUCAUUUAUUAAAAAAGCAUAAUAAGAUUUAUUUUAACUUUUCCAAAUUCAAGUCAUCUCAUGGACUUCUACGUUUUGAUAUGACAUCCGAAAAGUUUCGAUGUCACAUUUUGCAAAAGAGAAUUUACGUUUUUCAAAAACCUUUCUGUUCACAUGAACGAACGUAGUGCCAAUUUCGUGUUCCAUUACUGCGGGAAAAAGUUCCUACCCCACCAUAGACUGCACGCUGCAUUAAGGAAAAUGAAUUAAAAUGUAAAAUUUGCGAAAAAAAAUUUCGUAAUGCUUCUACUGGAGCUUAUCAUGUCAGAAAAUAUCAUAGCAAAAUUACGUACAAAUGCCCAGAGUGUGACGAAGUGUUUUUGCAAUAUCAAAAACGGCUACAACACUUAGCUGACCAAAUCUCAAAAAACCUGAAUAUAAAUGUGAUAUUUGUUAUAAAAAUGCUAGCUCCGGGGCCUUAGUGCUCAUGUUCAGUAUUCACAUUUGAAAAAAAAAAAUAGGAAAUAUCCGUGUCAAUAAUGCGGAUAAAUCUUUGGUUAUAAAUGGACUUUGAAGAAACAUUUGGUUGUUCAUUCUGGGGCGAAGAAUUUUGAAUGUAAAUUUUGUAGUAAACGAUUUGCUGAACCUUAUACUCUGAAAGUUCAUUUGCGUAUACACACGACUGAAAAGCCCCAUGCUUGUGCAAUAUGUAAAGCUGCUUUUAUACAAAAGUGUUGUUGUUUUCAUAUAAGUCAGUGAUGUCACGAUUAUAUUUGUCUCUAUUAGCUAUUAUUUCUCCUGCGCCAACAUAUAUGUCUCUGUUUAACCCAAUGGUUGACUGGUAGAGAAUGCCUUUUGGCAUUAAGUCCGCCAUUUGUAC